AUGGCGGAAAUUCCAGAACCCAGUGGCCUGCCACUGCUUGGCAACAUCGGCGCCAUCGACCAGGAAUUCCCGCUGGGAUCGAUGGUCAGUCUGGCUGACGAGCUGGGCGAGAUCUAUCGACUGCGCUUCCCCGGGCGGUCGGUCGUCAUCGUCUCAACCCAUGCGCUGGUCGACGAGACCUGCGACGAGAAACGGUUUAAAAAGUCGGUCAACUCGGCCUUGUUGCACGUUCGAGACGGAGUUCACGAUGGGCUAUUCACCGCAAGAAUGGGCGAGGUCAACUGGGAAAUCGCCCACCGCGUGCUGAUGCCUGCCUUUGGGCCUCUCUCCAUCCGCGGCAUGUUCGACGAGAUGCACGACAUCGCCAGCCAGUUGGCGCUGAAGUGGGCGAGAUACGGGCCUGACGAGUCCAUCAUGGUCACCGACGACUUCACCCGGCUGACCCUGGAUACCCUAGCCCUGUGCUCCAUGGGAUACCGGUUCAACAGCUACUACUCGCCUGUGCUGCACCCCUUUAUCGAGGCCAUGGGCGACUUCCUGACAGAGGCCGGCGAGAAGUCACGGCGCCUCCCUCUGCCAGCAGCUUUCUACCGCGGGCGCGACCAAAAGUUCCAGGCCGACAUUGCUGUGCUUCGAGAUACAGCCCUGCAUGUGCUCGAGGCUCGCAAGGCCGGCAACAGCGAUCGCAAUGAUCUGCUGGACGCCAUGCUGCGAGGGAUUGACUCGAAAACUGGGCUGAAGAUGACCGACGAGAGCAUCAUGGAUAAUCUCAUCACUUUCCUUAUUGCAGGCCACGAAACCACCUCUGGCCUUCUCUCCUUUGUCUUCUACCAACUGCUCACCCACCCAGAAACGUACCGCAAGGCCCAGCAAGAGGUCGACGAGGUGGUCGGACAAGGCGUUAUUGAAGUAUCGCACUUGUCGAAGCUGCCCUACAUCAACAGCGUCCUCCGCGAGACCCUGCGUCUCAAUGCGACAAUUCCGCUCUUCACCGUCGAGGCUUUCGAGGAUACUCUGCUCGGAGGGAAAUACCCCGUCAAGGCUGGAGAGACUAUUGUCAACCUACUUGCCAAAUCACAGCUGGACCCCGAGAUCUAUGGCGACGACGCGGCCGACUUCAAACCCGAGCGAAUGUCCGAUGAACUUUUCAACGCGCGCCAUAAACAAUAUCCCAACGCAUGGAAGCCUUUUGGUAAUGGUAUGCGAGCCUGCAUUGGCCGUCCCUUCGCCUGGCAAGAGGCACUCCUAGUCAUGGCCAUGCUUCUCCAAAAUUUCGAUUUCUCGAUGGAUUCAAACUAUAAUCUGGAGUACAAGCAGACCCUGACCAUCAAGCCGAAAGACUUGUACAUGAAGGCAAAGUUACGCCAUGGCUUGACGCCGACGACUCUGGAGCGUCGACUGGCAGGCCUUGCGACCGCAGCGACGCAAAGCAACGCAGCCUCCCAGGCUGACGGACAGCCCGCUACCGGUGUUCCAUUGACUAUUCUUUAUGGCUCGAACAGCGGAACAUGUGAAACGCUGGCGCGACGACUUGCAGCCGAUGCUCCUGGCAAGGGCUUCCAGGUCACCCAGUUCGAUGGCCUCGACAACGGCCGUGCUGCCCUCCCAAAGGGUCAACCUGUCGUUAUCGUUACGUCUUCAUAUGAAGGGCAACCCCCUGAUAAUGCAAAGCAAUUUGUGUCUUGGCUGGAAGGUCUCGAUCAGAAUGAAACACCGCUCAAGGACGUCUCCUUUGCCCUAUUCGGCUGCGGUAACAAGGAAUGGGCCUCUACAUUCCACCGCAUUCCGAAACUCGUGGACGGCACCAUGGAGAAGCUAGGAGGCAAGCGUCUGGCCGAACUAGGCCUCACCGAUGCAUCUUCUGAUGAGAUGUUCUCAACCUUCGAGACAUGGGCUGACAACUCGCUGUGGCCCCAGCUUGUCGCACAGAACGGAGGCGACGCACUGCAGAAGUCAUCGUCUAGCCCUGCGGCGAGUGUAGAGGUGACUGUUUCCAACUCAAGAACCCAGGCCCUGCGCCAGGAUGUCGGCGAGGCCAUGGUCGUGGAGACGAAGCUGUUAACAAGCGAAGCCGAACAAGAGCGUCGCAAGAAGCACCUGGAGAUCCGCCUUCCAGAGGGCCUGACCUAUACAGCAGGCGACUAUCUUGCAAUCCUGCCCAUUAAUCCUGCAGAGACCGUUCGCCGGGCAAUGCGCCAUUUCAAGCUGUCCUGGGAUGCACAGAUCAAGAUUGCAGCUUCAGGGCCAACAACUGCCUUGCCCACUGAUGGGCCGGUGGCAGCCAACGAUAUCUUGAGCACUUAUGUCGAGCUGUCGCAGCCUGCUACUCGCAAGGACCUGCGAGUCAUGGCCGACGCGAGCACAGACGCCGAUACACAGACAACACUUAGAAAAUUUGCUAGCGAGACAUAUACAGACGAGAUCCUGAAUAAGGGCGUCUCAGUCCUGGAUAUUCUCGAGAAAUACCCAGCAAUCAAUCUACCUCUAGGAGCCUUCCUGCUAAUGCUGCCGUCCAUGCGAAUGCGACAAUAUUCAAUCUCCUCAUCACCUCUAUGGAACCCGAAUCACGCCACAAUCAGCAUCUCAGUCCUAGACGCGCCGUCGCGGUCGCGCGAGGAUGGACACCGCCACCUAGGCGUCGCCACCUCAUACCUCGACUCCCUGCACGCAGGCGACAUCCUCCAAGUAACAGUCCGCAAAUCUGCCGCGGGAUUCAGCAUGCCCGAGGAACCAGAGACGACCCCGAUGAUCUGCAUCGCAGCCGGAACAGGCAUUGCGCCCUUCCGCGGCUUUUUGCAGGAGCGCGCAGCCCUAGUCAAGCAGGGUCAGAAACUUGCGCCCGCGCUGUUAUUCUUUGGUUGUCGUGAACCUGGAAAGGACGAUCUGUACCGGGCGCAGUUGGAAGAGUGGCAAGAACAGGGUGUUGUUGACGUCCGGUGGGCGUUUAGUCGGGCAACGGAUAGCAGCGAGGGCUGCACGCAUGUCAACGAUCGGAUCUGGCAUGACAGACAGGAUGUUGUGAAGAUGUGGGAGAACGGGGCAAAGGUAUUUGUCUGUGGUUCUCGGGGGGUUGCUGAUUCUGUCAAGGAGUCUAUCCUGGAGAUAUUCAGGGAGGAAAUGGCGAGAAGGGAGAGUGAGGGAGAGGAGAGCAGUGGUUUGGGGGUGGACAGUGCUGAAAAAUGGAUGGAGGCACAGAGGAAUGUCCGCUAUGUGAUGGACGUGUUUGAUUAG